AUGGAUACCUCGCAAUCGAUACCAACCACACCCACGCUGGAUGUUCCCGGCUCGGACUCAGUUGCUGGAUCAAGGAAUUCGAAAUCAGUGCGACGCUCAGUAGCGUUUUACCCUAAUAUGAACUCGUCCAACAAGCUCCAGAAGCCUUUCAGUCGCAGUGCCGCAAAACGGGAGAGUGUGAUGGCAUUGGGGAGCAUAGAGCACCUUCAACACUACUUCACGAAGUCCGGAAUCGCAGCUGAAAGCAACCCUUUAAACAAACCCAGUGGUGCGGUGCCCGCCAUAGGAGGCCCAUCCAACAGGCCGUUUCUCCCGAGGCUCAGAGAGUUCGACCUGCCGCCCCCACCUGUCGUGCCGGAGUUUGUGCCACCGGCAUUCCCGCCCUUCGUCAAAACGUACGAGACGGACCCGGCAAACUUGCGCCCGGGAGUCAUCGACGAUCUCUCUGCGGUCGCAGCGGGAUGGAAUCUGGAUGGCCAGCAACGCACGCAGGCACCAGAUCCGAAUUUGCUUAGUGUGGGCGGGAAGAUCAGCGGUCACGUCGACGUGCUUGAGCUGCUCAAGAUUACUACGCGCGCCGUGCGCACCGUGCGGAACUAUCUAGUUUCCCUUCCAGACGAAUCUGCCACGCCGAGGCAGCAGCAGCACUUCCGUCCCCAGAACCUAGCCAGCUCCCCUCUACCCAAGCGACUCGUCUCUCAACCCGACUCUGCCUCGGAACCUCUCACCGGCAUCCGUCGCGGUGCCCUUGAAGUACUGACCGUGCUACGCGAUCUGGAAGAGUAUGCCCGCCUUCCACUCGAGGACGAUGCGUACGAUGCACGUUCAGAAAGCGAGAACGAUUCUACUCCGGACGCAACCGCCACCUCUAGAGGGACAUCCCCGAUUACCCCCCUCGAUGACCACGAUUUCCUGGAUGGAGAACCCACUGUGUCGAUCUCGCUCGUCGAUGUCGGCGGACGUAAGCGCUCGAUACCCAUCUGGGAGGAUGAGGCGUCAAUGUACGACGUGAAUAACCUUAGCGAGGAGGAACGCGAUAAGCGCGACCACUGGGAUGAGCGGCUUGUUCUUGGUGGAGGAUGGCUGUACCGCCAGGACGUGCGUUUGGACCAGCUCGAUCGCCAACGCAUGGUAAUCGGAAAAUACGUAGUCGCUGUUGACGAGGUGCUUUUCGGCGGCGGGUCGGACGGCAAGAGGGGCUGGGAGCGAGAGCGGGAGCGCGUCUCGAAGAAGGAAAAGGACCACCGCUCAAAGCGCAGAGUCAGCGAGGGAAUCACACGACCAGAGGGGCAGACGGAGUCGCACAGAUCGAGCCGGAGGGUCGUAUCGACGGGCAUGUUGGAUGCAAUGCGAAACAUGGUCGUUACUGAAGAGCCAGAAGCUAUGGAAUCUCUCACGGAGGAGGACAGCGUAGACGACGAAGACCUGCCAGAGUGGGCAAAACGGUCAAGCUUCACGGGCGAUCCACUAGGUCGCCUGCACGCCCUCUUGCUGGCGUACCUACCGUCGGCCCUGCAGCCUCUGUUGCCGUCCUCUUCUGCAGACCAGGCUGCUCUGUUGCAAGCCCUUUCCUCCGGCCAGCUGCUUUGCGUGGCGUACAACGUUGGCGUGCGCCGUUCGCGUAAGCCGUGGGGUUUCGUGAGCAAGGACGCGAUUCACGACAUUGCUGCGCUGGAGGCGCAGUCCAAUGGCGAGGCACAACAGAGUGAUAAUGGUAAGCGUGGUUGGACUUUCCGACGAACGGAUAACUUGCAACUCUGGACUGCGGCUCUGAAACUACGUUACCUUGUGCCGAUUAUUUCCUCCACUAGUAAGGCGAAGCUGGCGAAGGAAGGCCUUACCCCCACUGUCGCGUCGACACCGCACGCUUCACCUUCCCACUCUGUAGUGCAUUUUCCAGGCACUAACCCUGAGGACGUGCUCGUCUUCGACGCUGCUAUAGUGGCGCGCCAAGAGAAAGGAUGGGAGCAUAUGUUAGAAACAGUUGUUCUGAAGUGGGUCGAAGCUGUUGUUGACGAGCGCAGAGGUGACAGAUAG